AUUUUUGAUACACUUCACUUGUUGUAUAAAUUACGAUCCACUAAAAGUUUCUAUAUUUCUAUCAGAGUUUAGCAUUAAGAAUUCUGCAUUUGCAGCAAAAUUUUAUGUGUUUAUCUUAUCCUAUAGAUGUACGUGAUUGUUUGGACUGAUACGAAAACCAAAAAAAAAUAUAAAAUCAGCAAAAAAAGUUCCGAGUAAAUGGCUGCUGAGUACGAUACGACCCGUCGCAAAACCAAAGCUCGCUAUCGUUGCUAUCCAAAUUUAAGUAUCCGUCAAAUUGGUACUGUCCUACAAAUUGCUGUUCUAUAUGCUGUGCUGAUUGGAGCAACGUCGGAGGAAAUCGGAGGAGAAUGGCAUGAUAAGUAUCUUGGUCAUGGCACCACACACGAGCAGCUGGGUCAGCUCCAUUAUCCGUAUGCUGACCUAACGCCCUACAAAUCAAAAGUCCAAUAUACUAUAGAACAAAAGCGAAACACUUGGUCCGUAACGCCCGCAUAUAAUAUAUCACAAUUUUUGUUCGAUAAAACAAUAACCGAUAAGCCAUCUUUGCCAGCUGGAUAUCUGGGUAUAAAGAAUGGCGAUACCUUAACGAUGGGCCCUAAAGUUGAGCAAAAUGAUUGGAGCGCUCUAUUGGCACAAUAUGCUUUGGUUAUCGUGUGGGUGAUAUUAUUAUUAAUUCUUAUCAUUCUCGUACCAUUUCUUGCGGUUUGUUAUUGCUGCUUUUGUUGCUGUCGUCGCUGUAAGCGCGGCUGUGGCCCUUGCGAUAGCGCUAAGGAUAAGAGAAUGAGCUUUAUCUGUGCCGCAAUACUACUUCUUCUACUUCUCCUCAUUCUUCUGGGCGCCAUUGUUGCCUUUGCCUCGAAUCGCGUGUUGGAUCGCGGCUUGAAUGAGGCUUCGGAUUCUGUGAAGCGUGGCAGCCAGGAUACCUGUCGCUACUUGGAGGAUAUCAAUGCUAAUUUGAAUCAUCUCUUUGUCUACAACUACGAAGAGCUGGAGGCACAUCUAGCCGAAUUAUUGAACAAUGCUCAUAAUCACAUAUUCCUUGACCUGGCCGAUACGUCUGAGAGUAAUGCCAUUGAGCAGUUGGAACGCAUCUUCGAUAAUAUGAACGAGGCGAAAACCUUAAUGAGACAAGUGGACGGUAUGGAAAAGGAAUUGCGAUUCUACACAACACAGCUGAGAGAUGGUGUUCGCGGAGCUAAACGGGAUGUAAACUACGCCUGCGGCAGUUUAGUAACUCAUGACAAAUGUAAAGACUUUUUGAAGAAUUCAGAAAUGGAAUUUGUUGAUACGUCUACCUGUCUACACAUGGAUAAUUUGCCGAACACAACUAACUUUGUGCUAGGUACAGACAAAAUUAUCAACGACGAUAUUGCAAUGAUACCGAAGCUCGCUUUGAGGCGUUUCCAAGAAGUUGGCGCCAAAAUCGAGGCUGCAAUGGCCCUGGUAAUACCUUCGAUAUUGAAAGAUGUGCAAGAUGGUCGCGAACAGUUCCGCAUGAAUGCCGAUAGAAUCUCCAAUCAAACGGAAGCUUUGAUCAGUAACAUUCAAUUGAAAACAGUGCGCUCGACGAGAUCCUUCGACGAUGUCUACGAAAAGUUUGGCAACGAUCGAAGUAUUAUGAACUCUCUGGUCUGUGGAUGCUUGUUUGUAAUCAUCUUUAUAAUGUUAAUUGCCUUGAUGUGCGGAUGUUGUGGUAGGAAAGGAUCCGGAGCCACUUGUUUACUGAUCGGCAUCAUAUUAAUAUUUACUAUGUUCUCCUUCAUUGCACUGGUUGGUCUUUUCUACUUUAUAAUGGGCUUGGUGACAUAUCAGGGCGCGUGUGCCCCAGUGCGGGAUCUGGAUGAAAAUGCCAUAUUCAAACAGCUGGAUGCAAACAUUGAUCUGUAUGAAGUACUGGAUCCGGCGUAUGAGAUGUCUGCGGAAUCUGCAGAGCUGAGGAUGUCAACGGCCAUCAAGGCCUGCAGGGCUAACGAAUCGAUAUUUGAUUUGCUUCUGCAACAUAAACUCUACGAGCUGGACGAUUUGAGGAACAUUGAGGUGAUUAAGGAGAAGACUGACGAAGAUAAGAAGGAGAACAUAUUUGAUGAAGAUUUGUCCAGCGUGUAUCUAUUGACUCAAGAGGAGAGGGAUAAGCUAGAAGCCGCACGCAACGGUGAUUUUUCAGAAUUCAAUAGUAUUUUGUACCUAAGGAGCAUGUGCCAGGGUCUGACACCGAACUUGGCCACCUUGGCGACAGGUCUGAGAAAGAUACGAGACUCCAUCACUUACAAUGACAAAUGGGAGGAAUAUAAUAAAUAUGCCCGAGUUUCCCUAUCGAACGAAGCGUACCAUUUGGAUACCUACAACUACGAGUGGACCGACAAGAUAUUAGGCAUUAUGUCGGCAAUGAAGCAGAAACUAUCCCGUGUCGAUGAUCUCGUCCUAUAUGAGAGGCGAAAUUUCAGUAACUCAAUUAAGGUCUUGGUCGAUGCUGUAAUCCGAUCCGAAGAAUUCAUCAAGACACGUGGCAGCGAAUUCAUAAAUGUACUUAGUCAAAAUCUCACAGAUGUUGUCAGCGAACAGAUCGAAAUGUAUAAGGAGGGUCUCAUCACAGAAUGCAGCUCGAAUGUGGGACGCUGCGCCCCACUCGCUCAUGUCUAUUAUCGGGGAGUCGAUCUAGUCUGUUACCGCCUGGUUGAUCCAAUGAACGGUUUCUGGAUUGGAUUGCUGCCCGCUGCAUUGCUCCUACUACCUCUGUUGUAUGUUGCCCAUAAGCUGAUGUGCUUGUGGCGCAGAUUGCACUCAUAUGCGGUGCCCUUAGCCGUACCAGAGACAGGUCCCUCCUGUCCAACCUGCACCGGUCAACCGUUCGUACCACCGCCAACUAUCAUCUGUGGCGGCGGCCAGCAGGCGUAUUGCCCUUGCCGUGAGGAUGCAAAGCGUAAAGAUGGCGGAGCUACAUUCAAUGACAGCUCAUCUAUCGCCACAUCGGAACAGAACGUAAAUGUUGAGACAACCAGUCCCUCGGUUGUCCACCCCCAGAUCCAGAUUCAGAUUCCGGACGAGUAUCAGAAAGAGGCCCUUACUCAAGGUCAGACCCCAGAAGCCGCAGUAGCAGCAGUAUUUAAGCCGAAAAAUGAUUAGAUAAUCGCAGACACGAAUUAGAUGACUUUUGUAAUUUGUGUAUGCUAGACUGAUACAGAGUAAAUUUAAGUGUGUUUAUAUGUACUCGUGUAUUUAUGUUAGCACGGUUGUAAAACAUAAAAAAGUGAACGAUAAGCAAAGUAAAGAAAAGAAGGUGUAAUAAUCGUUUACGUACCACUUA